CCCUUUUCUGAGUGGUUUUUGGGUGUUAUAAUUCUAACGUAGUAAUGGAGCAUCGAGGCUGAAGGCAUUGUUGCUCUUAUCAUUUUAAAAGGAACGAAAAAAAAUAAUAAAAAAUACACGUUUUAAAGCUUGGUAUUGGACUCAACAUGUGUCAUACAUGAUUUUUUUUUUUUUGUUUUUUUAGCGGGUGUGAGGGAUCAACUUAUGUCGGGUUAAUUCUGGAGUAAUCGUUUUUUCACCAGCCAUUAAUAUAAAUCACUCUGACAAGAAGUAGCUUGGAUAUGUAAAGUAGGUGCGAUUAAGAAUGAGUUUGAGGGAUGAGUUGGAGGGGAAGUUAAGGCCUCAACAUGUGGGUUAGAUAACAAAUUCAUCUUUAGGUUAGGUAGGUAACCUAAGGGUAAGCAUAUCGAGAACCAGAUUGUCUUCGUCUUCCAGUCCUCAACCUUAACAGAAAUCUGCUCAACUUAAAUUAUUCAAUUUGAUCAAAAAUCAGUCCUCAUUUUUAUACUCAUUCCCCUUACAGCUGAAGUAGGGAAGCAGCAACAUUCCUACUCAUCAAAGUCAAACUUCCAGUUUGAAUUCCGAGCACCAUUUUUUAACUUUCAGCUUACAGAAACUCGACUUGCGUCCAUGAAGUUUUACUCAAGCCCUAAACCCUAAAUUAAAUCCUAAACCCCAUGCAAUUCAUGAAUCCUCCCCCGUGCGAUUGGGGAAGAUGGAGGAGCUGCCCAGAUUUUCCAAAGCCGUGCCGUCUCCGCCGUUGUGAAGGCCCAAACAAAUGCCUCAAAUUAACCGGCCUUGAACCCCUCGAAGCAAACAAACCCCUGGUGCAUUUAAAAACACAUGUACGCUCAAUUGUAUACGAAUUAUACGUCGAACUGUGUGCCCGAAACAAAUAAGAGAUUUCUCAAAGCUUCCUCAGCCCACGGUUCUCCAAAAUCCCCUCCCAAAUUCCAAGCCUUAAAACUCGGAUUCAACCCCCCGUUCGUGCGCCUUCAGCCACUGUACUUGUGCCCUUCCAAAGCCUUCCGAGCUCAGUCAACGCCAGCACUUCUUUUUCUAGAUAUCCAUUAAUCUCUUUUCUUUGUCCCUUUUAUUCUCAUGAUUUUUCACCAAAUCCAUCUCCAACCCGCACAGCCAUGGAUUCUUUGAGUGCUAGAUCCAGCCCUCCUCCCGCAGCGACGAGUCCAUUCUCAAAUCCCAAACCGGUAGAGUUGCUGAAGAAAGUGAUCUUUGCAUGGGUCCAAGAAACAGGAUUGCCGGCGUCGAUCUGCGUUAGAGUUCAUGGCAAAAGUUUCGACCUGCACAGGUCGCCGUUGAUCUCGAGAAGUGGCUACUUCAAGAAGGCAUUGCGAGCCUCCAACGCCGUCGAAUUGCACCAGGAAUUCCCCGGUGGGCCGGAGGCGUUCGAGAUGGCAGCGCUCUUCGCCUACGGCUCCAGGCUCCCCCUCGACCCCUUCAACGUAGCGGCGCUGCGGUGCGCCGCCGAGCUCCUAGAGAUGACCGAGGACCACGGCUCCGGCAACCUCUGCGAGGCCGCCGACUUGUACCUCAACCAAGUGGUGCUCCAGAGCUGGGACGACACCUUGAUCGUCCUCCAGACCUGCCACACGCUGCUCCCCAUGGCGGAGGAGCUCCUCAUCGUGAGCAGGUGCGUCGAGUCCCUCGCCUUCAUGGCCUGCAUGGAGAUCCUCGACCCCGAGCAGAAGCGCGGUCGGCCAGUCCUCCCUCUCCGCACCUUUUCCGACCGGCCCUGGGACCCCGAGGCCGUCAAGGAGCUCGCCGGCCACGACCUCUGGAUCAAGGACCUCAUCGCGCUCCCCUUCAACUUCUUCGCGCGGAUAAUCCGAUCUCUGAGAAGGCAAGGCAUGAAGGAGAAGUACGUGAGCCCCGUCGUCGUCUUCUACGCCAACAAAUGGGUGCUCUCCAAGAAAACGCACAAGUUCUGGGAGCAAGAAGACGGAGCAGAUCACGCUGCUAACACAAAUGACAAAGUGUCUGCGAUCUUGCAAGCGAUCGUCGAGCUGCUCCCGAUCCGCAGACAGGAUCCCGAUCGAAAUGCCGAAAUAGUCCCCGUCACCUUCUACUUCGCGCUGCUCUCCAUGGCCCUUUCUCUCAACUUGAGCGAUGGCAUACGAGUGAACCUUCAGCACUGCGUUGCGUGUCUUCUGCACCUGGCUCGAGUGGACGACUUCCUCCUCCCCGAGAACAGAGUUCUGGAAGAUGUCGCAUUUAGCCGAGAAUUGAAAGCGAUGGAGGAGAUAGUUACAUUCCGGGUCGCGUUCAAGGCCGCGGAGAAUGCCGAGGUUGUGGCAAAGCUGUGGGAUCUGUAUCUCUGCCGAGUCGCCGGUGAUCCAAAGCUCGGAACUGAUAGAUUCAUGCAACUUAUUCACACAGUGCCCGUGGCUGAUAGAGAGACUCACGACCAUCUUUACAAAGCAAUCAACGCCUACUUGUCGGCACAUCCUCGACUGUGCAACGAAGACAAGGCGAGGCUGUGCAGCAGCAUCAGCUGUCAAAAGUUGUCGCAGGAGGCGUGCAUCCAGGCAGUUUUGGAUGAGCUGAUGCCGCUGCGCCUCAUAAUCCAAGCACUCUUUGUUCAGCAAUUGCACACGCAGCGAGCACUCAAAGACUGCUCAGAAUCCUUCAGAUACAUGCAGUGCGGAGUGUUUUCCGGGAGCAUCCCGAGCUCGACAUGCCAACUGCCGAAGAACCAAAGCCCUUACGAUCCGGAGGAGACGACUCCUGUGCCUUUAGAAGACCACUUAGUUCAAAGAUCAGAACACUCUGAAGUAGAGUACGAGUCGACAAGGUUCAGAAUGCAAGCACUUGAGCAGGAACUGGCAUCGCUGAAGCACAGCCUCAGGAGGAGGAAUCCUUUUGGCCAGGUGAGUGACUGCAUUGGUUCCCUAAGGUGGUCUUCGCAAAGGAAGUAUACAAAUAGAAUGUCGAAAGUUUUCAGGAGAAUGUCCAUGUUAGGCAAAAGCAAGUCGAAGAUUAAGCAAAGGACCUCUGCAAGUGGUUCACUGGCUUGUAGAAGUAAAUCCUUGAACGAAAUGUACGAUUGCUGAAUGAAACUUAUCUUACUAGUCAGCUUAGUGUGUGCUGCACAUCGAACGUGGAGGGUAUAGAUAUGUGAUAUAUCAACUAAAUAUCAAUAAAUAGAGUAGAGGGUGCUAAUAAGAAUCUGUAUCAUUCAUAUGUUCAAAUGCACUCUAAAAUAGUGACAAGUUGGCCUCUUUGUCCAUCAAA